UGUGGGCAGAUAUGUUAGAAGAAGAAAGAAAGCAUUUUGAAGAGGAGGAUAUAGAAGAGGGAUAUAUGGAUGAUGAACUUUCUCUUACCCAUCCUGCGAUUGACACUAACGCGAAAUGGGACUUGUUGGCAGUGUUGGUUGUUUUAGGUCAUAUCUUUAUCUGA